AUGCAGGAGAGAACGAAGUGUUCGUGCGGCAACGGUUGCCAUUUCGACUUUUUCGAGAAGCGGCUCAGCUACUGCUUCAGGGUCUUCGCCCGCUACGUCAGCUUUCGACCUUGGACCUUCAUCGUUUUGCCCGUGCUGGUGACCAUCGGUCUGUCGUUCGGCGGCUUUUACCUGGACCACAACUCCGAUGCCGUUUACCUCUACACGCCGGUGAACGCGCCGUCGAAGGUCGAACAGCAACUGUUCUACGACGUGUGGGAAAGCGGCAACGAGGCCAGAGCCACUCCCGGCCGCACGGUCAUCGACUACGGCCUUGCCCAUGUGAUUGUCACCGCCAAGGACCACACAAACAUUCUGAAAGUCGAGACGACCGCCGACGCGAUCGCCUUCAACGAAUAUAUAGUUCACAACAUCUCGAUUACGGCUGGCGGGAACGAGUACCGUUACGUCGAUCUGUGCAUGAAAUGGAAAAACCGGUGCCACGAGAACAACCAGAUCGCCAUUCUUAGUGCCAUCUACCAUAAGCCGACCCCCUACGCGAAGCUGACCUAUCCUCGAUUCUCCUAUCAUCAUGUACGUUACUACAUCGGCAGUGCCUUGGGAGACGUACAUGUGGACCAGGAAACUGGUGAGGUGCGCGAUGCUGGAGCAUGGUUGCUGGUGUACCAGCUUAGCCACAAAACGCCAACCGAGAGCGCUCUCGGCAUUCAAUGGCUGGAAGAGCUCGAAGCACACCUGCUCAACUUUAAGCAUCCAACCCUUGAAGUGACCUUCUCGCACUCGCAGACGCUAAGCUCAGAGAUGUCUAAAAACGGCCUAUACCUUGCGCCGAAAAUUCCCAUCACCUUCGCCGUUCUGAUCAUUUACACCCUGCUUUGCACCGUGACCCUGAUGUGGAAGAGCAGGAUUCCAUGGGUGGACUGGACGAGAAGCACACCGUGGCUGGCUUUCGCCGGAGUCAUAGGCGCAGGCAUGGGCGUGUCUACGACCAUUGGUCUGUUGAGUCUGUGCGGUGUUCAGUUCUGCGAAGUGAUCUCCGCCAUGCCUUUCUUGGUCGUAUGUAAGUAUUCCGCCGUUUGUACUUCGAGCGAUGUUGCCGACGUGGUUUCAUGUUUUUGUUAA